AAUUGGGGAGCCAGGGAGCUUCUGGGGGCUUCUGGUGCGUGAGGUGGUGACACCCUAGGGGAGGAGAGCAGCAGAGAUGGCGUCAAUGACAGACCAGCAGGCGGAAGCCCGCGCCUUCCUCAGCGAGGAGAUGAUCGCUGAGUUCAAGGCUGCCUUCGACAUGUUUGACGCGGACGGUGGCGGGGACAUCAGCACCAAGGAGCUGGGCACGGUGAUGAGGAUGCUGGGCCAGAACCCCACCAAGGAGGAGCUGGACGCCAUCAUUGAGGAGGUGGACGAGGACGGCAGCGGCACCAUCGACUUCGAGGAGUUCCUGGUGAUGAUGGUGCGCCAGAUGAAAGAGGAUGCCAAGGGCAAGUCCGAGGAGGAGCUGGCCAACUGCUUCCGCAUCUUCGACAAGAACGCGGACGGGUUCAUCGACAUUGAGGAGCUGGGCGAGAUCCUCAGGGCCACCGGCGAGCACGUCACCGAGGAGGACAUAGAAGACCUCAUGAAGGACUCAGACAAGAACAACGACGGCCGCAUCGACUUUGAUGAGUUCCUCAAGAUGAUGGAGGGCGUGCAGUAAGGGACCAGACAUUCCUCGGGCCAGCCGCUGCGCCCAGCCCCGCUCCACCGCCGGGGGAGCAGCCCCGCGGCAGCGCCUGGCCCCGGCCGCCCGCACAGCGGGAGCCCUGCCCGCACCAGGGCCCUGCUCUCUCCUUGUGGCCAGCGGCUGAGCUUUUCCUCGACGCUGUCAGAUGUGGUUUAUGGUUGAGCCUCAUUAAAAGGGGAAAGGCUGA